UCCAGGCCCAGACCAGUGGCUCAGGCUGUAUAAAAGGGGCCUUUGCUAUGUGAGCUGAGCUGUGUCGGGCAGGCAGGGGCAGCAAGAUGGUGUCACAGAGGCAGGUCCUCCUCUGCUUGUUGCUGUGGGUCUCAGGUGCCCAUGGGGCCAUCACGAUGACUCAGUCUCCAGGCUCCCUGGCUGUGUCUCCAGGUCAACGGGUCACCAUCAACUGCAGAGCCAGUCAGAGUGUUAGCAACUAUGUAGCCUGGUACCAGCAGAAACCUGGGCAGGCUCCCAGGCUCCUCAUCUAUUAUGCAUCCAGCAGGGCCCCGGGCAUCCCAGACCGGUUCAGUGGCAGUGGGUCUGGGACAGACUUCACCCUCACCAUCAGCAACCUCCAGGCUGAAGAUGUGGGAAACUAUUACUGCCAGCAUCAUUAUAGCUCUCCGCCCACAGUGCUUCAGCCUCGAACACAAACUGCUCCCCGGGGCCGCAGGCCUAGAAGUCUAGAAGAGGCUGAAGGUGGCUACAGAAGCUCGACAAUGAAAGUGAGUUCAUCAACGUUGGUCACUGCACACCACACAGAAAUCAUCGGCAUCUGUAAGGGAUGUAAGAAGAACCUCCAUGAGGUCCAGUUCCCUAGGGAGUUGCUCACAAGGCACCUUACCCUAGAUCUGGAGGUCAGAAGAGGAGGAUUCAAUGCCUUCCAUCAGCACCUGCAGGCAGCUGAACUGCGUCGGGCAGGCAGGGGCAGCAAGAUGGCGUCACAGAGGCAGGUCCUGCUCUGCUUGUUGCUGUGGGUCUCAGGUGCUCAUGGGGACAUCACGAUGACUCAAUCUCCAGGCUCGUUGGCUGUGUCUCCAGGUCAACAGGUCACCAUGAACUGCAGAGCCAGUCAGAGUGUUAGCAACUAUGUAGCCUGGUACCAGAAGAAACCUGGGCAGGCUACCAGGCUCCUUAUCUAUCGUGCAUCCAGCAGGGCCACGGGCAUCCCAGACCGGUUCAGCGGCAGUGGGUCUGGGACAGACUUCACCCUCACCAUCAGCAACCUCCAGGCCGAAGAUGUGGGAAUCUAUUACUGCCAGCAGGGUAAUAGCUUUCCGCCCACAGUGCUUCAGCCUCGAGCAUAAACCU